AUGUGGAAGAAAUUACAAGACAAUCCUCCAUUUUACUUACAAUUUUCUAAGUCUGAUGGUUAUGAAAUAUUAGUCACUGAUUAUAUUACAUUAUAUUUGGUUUACUUAUCGGAAAAUGAAUUUCUUUCGAUUUUAAAGAAAAGCAAUCCUGCGUUAGAAAUGGUAAACGAUGAGUUAAUAGAAAAAGGAAAUAGUUUACUGUUAAACAUAGAAAAUCUAAAAAGUUUGAGUAUUAAUAAAGAAGAGUCGAAUUUAAAUGUUUCAAUGAGCAAAUCCUAUGUCUAUCCAUUUAAAUUUAUAAUCACACUGAAGGAAGUAACUAAAGAAAUUUUCUUUCAGAAAGUUACUCAGCCACUACUCAAAACCAUAAAAGAACUUCAGAGUAUAGAAUUAGAACUACGACAAGCAAUAAAGGAAAAGGAUGCUGAAAUAGAAAAAUAUAAAGAAGAAGGAAAUAAAAUAAGAAAACAUUGGAGAACAAUGCCCUUUAAUGAAGAGGAACAUUUAAAAAAGCAUCAGGCUUACCAGGGUAAUUUUGUAUUACCUCAGGAAUUUCCUUCUAGUUUAUUGGAGGAAAAGAAAGAAAUAACAAAUGGUUCCAAAGUAAAACAUGAGGCAAAAGUUGAAGAUGACCAUAUCAAACAAGAACCUAUGACACCAUCAUUAGAAGAGCCCAAGAUAUCAUCUCCUGCUUCACCUAAGACAGAAAUCAAACAAGAAAUUAAAAUAAAUUUGCAACAAGUUGUACCAAUAGUACUUGCAGGAAGAAAAAAAAUUAGGUAUGACCUUCAAUACCUUCUGGUUUUGUACAUGUCAAAGACCUUUACAGGUAUUGAGUACCUGCAAACUGUAACCAUCUUAAAUUCAAACAUCUAUUUGUUCUUAUUGCCAAAGGUGUUACUAGCAUACAUAUAA